UCGCCUUUUCUUUUUAAUCAUGUAACAUACAUAUAUAUAAAGCCUAUAACAUUAACGUAAUAUCUGUCAGCUUUGGCAACACUAUCGUAACAUAAAAAACGACGCUUUAUAUCAAACUGUGUCGAUUAAUGAGGACGAAAAACACGAGAAAAAGCGAAACCUGACUGCUGAAGAUAGACGCUAUUAAAACGAGGAAGAAGUCAUGCUGCGGUGGAUACUUGGUGGACGGGAGGCUCAAGGCUCUGUGGAGAAAAGCUCCGUGUUGUGCAUUGGAGAGGAACAGCCCAAAAACUGGUUCACUGAGCUGCAGGUGCUGAAAGGACAUUUUGACAUUGUUCGAUUUCUGGUGCAGAUUGAUGACUUCAGAUGUGCCUCAGCGGGGGAUGAUGGCCUUGUUUUGGUGUGGAACGUCGAGACUGGCGAGAGGCUGCAGGAGCUGAGAGGCCAUUCCCAGCAAAUAACAGCCAUAACCACCUUCACCUGUAGUAAUGGACUCAUGUCGCACACUUCGCUCAUCACCGCCUCCUCAGACCGAAGUCUAAGUUUGUGGGAUCCUGAUACAGGAAACAGGGUUCAGACUAUUUCAGAUCUUCAGUCGUCUGUAAAGUGUUUGCUGGUGCUGGAGCGGCUGUGUGUGUUGGUCUCCGGUGGGGAGGAACUGUGCGUGUGGAACAAAGAUUUUCAGCUGCAGUGUCACAGGCAGAACCACAGCGACACCGGAAUUACUGCCUUGAUAGAGCUUCCCAAGAACUGUGUAGCAGCAGCGAUGGAUAAAGAGAUCGUGAUCUACAGGCUGACGGUCUCAACUGAUUCCUCUAUAUCAGUGGCUGAGAUCCGCUGUCUGUCCGACCACCAGGACCAGAUUCGAGCUCUUAUCAAUGUCAACGACGGGCUCUUCGCCAGCGGUUCCCACAUGGGCGAGUUGAUUCUGUGGGAUGCGAUCGAGUGGAACAUCCUGGCCUAUGAGCACAUCCUGUGGGAGGAGUCUCAGUCCCAGGCCGAAAUACGAAUGGGCGCUCCCAAACCCAGCGAGAUGUCCAUUCAGCACCUGACCACCAACGGAAAGCUCAUCCUGGCAGCUGUGGGCAGCGGUCUGUACGUGUACAGCGUCCUGACGAAGACGGUGGUGGCGUACAGGAAGGUCGCCCAUGACUCCAACAUCUUACACACCAUGCUGCUAUCUGACAGUGAGCUGAUGUCCUGCUCUGAGGACGGCAGCGUGAGGAUGUGGGAGAUACAAGACCUGCCUUUACCUGCUGAACCAGCCACUCCAGGGUUCUUUGGGAUGUGGAGUUUUGGUCGCUCCAGUAAACAGGCUGGACCUCCGUCAAAGAAGAUCAUAGACGUCCCAAAUAUUCGGACGCUGGAGUUGACGGGAGAUCUGAUCGGUCACUCAGGAGCAGUCCAGAUGUUUGUCAGCUUCAACGAGAACGGGCUGGUGACGUGUUCGACGGAUCACCUGCUGAUCCUGUGGAAGAACGGAGAGAGGCAGUCUCACCUGCGCAGCCUGGUGCUUUUCCAAAAACUGGAGGAGAACGGAGGACUUUGACCUUUAACCUUUUGAGACACUGCCUUCAGAAAAGAGAAGUUUACUGUUGUUGUUGUUGAUGAUUUGAAUGUUUGGUACAAAUCUUGUGAAUUUACUGUGAUGAUUGUUGUUGUUUUUGCCUUAUGAAUUAUGUAAAGAAGUAUUUAAUUUUUAUCUUUUAAACCUAGUAAAUACCUCACCUCAG